AUGGGACGGGCUUCCUUGGAGCAUUAUCCGCAGGAAGAGUCCAUCCAGCUCGAUACCACCACACCCGGCGACUCUUCUCUCUCUCCAGAUAUCGACAUCGACUCGGAAAACGAACAUGGAGUCUCGCUCCCCCCCGUCGACACAGGUCGAGAUGCAAUGCUGUUCUUGGCUGCCUGCACCAUCAUCGAGUGCCUAGUCUGGGGUUUUCCUUUUGCCUUUGGUAUUUUUCAAAACUAUUAUAGCACCCAUGCGCCAUUCAUGGGCUCUUCGAAUAUUGCCGCUAUCGGUACAACUGCAAUGGGAACCAUGUACUUAUCCGCCCCAUUCGUCUUUCCCCUCAUGCGAAUGUAUCCCAAGCAGAAUCGAUAUGGUCCAACCGCAGGCCUCCUUAUCAUGUGCAUAGCUCUCGCACUGAGCUCCUUCUCGCAGACUGUCUGGCAUCUUAUUUUGACUCAGGGCGUACUCUUCGCCAUCGGUGGUUCGAUUUGUUACGGCCCUUGCAUCCUGUACAUGGACGAGUGGUUCGUUAAGCGCAAAGGUCUGGCCUUUGGCGUGAUGUGGUCCGGCACGGGUAUUGGCGGAUUUGCGAUCCCGAUGCUGCUCGAAUUCCUGCUGGGACGAUAUGGACUGCGAACCACGUUGCGCAUCUGGGCUGUUGCCCUGUUCGUUUUGACGAUUCCGGUUGUCUACUUUGUCAAGCCACGGCUCCCGAUAACAACUGGUGUAGAGUUCCAGCUGUCGAAGCUGAGCUUUCUCUUCGAUCGCUCGUUUCUCCUGUUUCAAUUGGCAAACAUAGUCGAGGCUCUCGGGUUCUUCAUGCCGGGCCUCUAUCUGCCGUCCUUUGCCACCUCCAUUCUCGGCUCCGAGGCAUUCCCUGCUGCUUUGACAGUGCUAGCCGUCAACGUUGCGUCGGUUUUCGGGUGUAUCGCUAUGGGAAUGCUUGUCGACCGAUUCCAUGUUACGACAUGCCUCAUGAUAUCGGCAGUGGGCGCGGCAGUGGGAGCUUUCUUGCUGUGGGGAUUUGCGACGAACAUGGCCGUGCUCUACAUCUUUUGUGUCAUAUACGGGCUCUUUGCGGGGAGUUAUACCAGUGCUUGGACUGGAAUCAUCCGCACGGUAGUUUCCAAGCCGAGCCAAGCAAAUACCUCGGGCGGAGGGUCUAGUUUUGACCCGUUCAUAGUCUUUGGAUACCUUGCAGCCGGCCGGGGCAUUGGAAACGUGGUGUCGGGACCUUUGAGCGAGGUUUUGGUCAAAGGAACUCCGUGGCAAGGGCAGGCUUUUGGUGGAUAUGGAAGCGGCUAUGGGCCAGUUAUUGCUUUUACUGGAAUAACUGCCAUUGCUGGCGGUGCGUCAUUUCUGUGCAAACGUGUUGGAUGGAUGUGA